CGGAAAUGCCACUUGUUAAAUACGCCCAUGUGAAGUUUUCAGGUGUUGUUACCAGCUAAUAGUGUGAUAAGAAGAGACAGGACCGUGCAAAAUAAACGUGCACGUAUUAAGUUCGCUGGAUGUAUCGCUCGUGUGUUUGUAAAGUGUGACAUGGCCUCCAAAGCUGUUUAUUCGCAUAGAGAUCCUAUGCUAAAGAAAAGAGAUGACUUUGAGGAUAUGCUGGAGGAGAGGAGGAACUCCAGUGACUUGAGAUACGCUCUCAAAUGUUACACUCCUGUUCUUUACAAAGGACUGACUCCAUGCAAAGUCAGUGAGCUGAAGCAAAUGGUGCUGCAGUCUGAUCAGCUGGGUUAUGUCAUCACUCAGGUUUCUAAAGAGAAGGGCGUGACAUCAGAUGAAGUCACUGGGGAGGCGGCAGCCAUCUUGGAGGAGAUGGCUCAACGCUUGCAGCUCAGCACGGUUCGCUUCUUCGCCUUCACUCUCUCCAAAGUCUUUAAAACCUUGUUCCGGAGCAUCUGUAUCAACGAAGAGGGCCUCCAGAGACUCCAGCAGGCCAUUCAUAACCACCCAGUAGUACUCCUGCCCAGUCACCGCAGCUACAUGGACUUCUUGUUGAUGUCGUACAUCCUGUACACCUACGACCUGGCUCUACCUGUUAUUGCUGCUGGCAUGGACUUCAUGGGGAUGAAGGUCGUUGGGGAGAUGCUGCGGAUGUCUGGAGCUUUCUUUAUUCGGAGGUCUUUUGGUGGAGAUAAGUUGUACUGGGCUGUCUUCUCUGAGUACGUCAAGAUUAUGCUUAAGAACGGAUAUGCACCAGUUGAAUUUUUCCUAGAGGGCACCAGAAGCCGAACAGCCAAGUCUUUGACUCCAAAGUUGGGUCUGUUAAAUAUAGUGAUGGACCCAUUUCUUAAAGGAGAAGUGUUUGACAUUAGCUUGGUCCCGGUGAGUAUCAGCUAUGAGAGGACUCUGGAGGAGGCGCUUUAUGCCAGAGAGCUGCUGGGUGUGCCAAAACCCAAGGAGUCCACUUCAGGCCUGUUUAAAGCUAGAAAGAUCCUCAGUGAAGACUACGGCAGUAUCCACGUAUACUUUGGCCAGCCCGUGUCUGUAAGAAGUUUAGCUGAAAGCAGAGUUAACCGCAGCCAGUUCAACCUGAUACCAAGACAUAUCCCCACGAGACCCAGUGAGGAAAUCCUCAGCUUUGUGAAUGACUCCGCCUACAGGCUGGUGCGAGCCCAGGAGGAGAACAUGGUCCUGAAGCCUUGGGUCCUUCUGGCCUUCGUCCUGCUGCAGAAACAGGCGGCCGAGGAGAAGCAAGGGACGGCACUCGAUGAGCUCACUGAACAAGCCGUGUGGCUCAGGGACCUCUCUCGGCAGUAUGGAGCCUUCCUCCACUGGCCGGACCACAUACCUCCCUCAGAGGUUGUUUCCUCCAGUCUUUCCCUUCACCGAGGUCUGGUGAGGAUCUCUGAGGGAAGAGUUCAGCUGGCGUUGGAACAAGUAGGAGGUCAACAGGUGCCCGGAGAGACUCGCGGUGCCAUUACUCCAGAAGAGGAGCUCCUAAACAAGGCAGUCGUCAUACUCUCCUGCGCCUCCUACAGGAAUCAGGCACUAAACGUCUUCAUCCGACCGGCCCUGCUGGCCUCAGCCAUCCACACUGCUGCCUCCAACCGGAAACAGGAGAUCUACAACAGCUUCAGCUUCCUGAGAAACAUGUUUUCCAAUGAGUUCAUUCUCUGUCCUGGAGCUACUGUACAGGACUUUGAGGAGGCCUGUUACCUGCUGGUGAAGACCGGAACUCUGCAAAUAAACCAGCAGGAGGUUCUGAUCACCGAGAGAGGGCACAGGACUUUGGCCUUCCUCACCAGUGUUCUCGAUCCAUUCUUACAAGGAUACCAGGUGGUGUGUCGGUUCCUGUGUGAACAAGACGGUCUGACAGAAAAACAGUUUAUUCCUGCUGUCCGGAAGUUCAUCAUCAAACAUCUUCUCACAGGUAGAUUAAGGUAUACUGAAGUGUUGUCAUCGGACCUCCAGAAGAAUGCUCUGGCAGCUUUGAUAAGACUCGGAGCUGUGCAGAAAAUCAAAGGAGGCGAGGAACAGGGGACUUUAAAACUCAACAAGGUGAUGUUAAACUCCUUGGAAGACACUCUUGGAGGAAAACUCCCCACUCAGAAAUCUGUUGUAGCUCACCUCUAAUUCAGCGACCCCUAUUAGCCAAAGGGCAUCGCGGACGGUCAGGGCGAUGCAGCGAUGUCGCUCUGCUCCACAUGGUUUGUUACGAGUCGUCCUGGCCUACUUGCUGCUUUCUGUGAGAGAUGGAACAAAAGAGUUGCCAUCUGGAGACAGCUCAACCCUGCGUUUAGAGUUUUUCUUUAAUUUCUUCUCUCCUUGCCUUUUUUCCAAAAUGCUUCUUUUCCUUCUCAGAUUCUCCUUUUAAAACCUUUUUUAUGAAUCUACAUAAAACCACAUGAUGAGUGAAGCCUUUGAAGGUACACUGCUGAGCUUCUUUGGCUCAUUCUGAAUAACGGAUCUGUUGCUUAUGAGCGGCCUUGUGAAAGCUUCUGAAUGUGCCAUCUUCACUCGGCGUAGAGGCCAUUCUCUGUUAAUGCAUUUGAAAUGUGUUUCUAACUCUGAAUGUGGCUUUUGUUUUCCUCACUUUGCUUUUUCAUUCAAGCUUUGUUAGCUGUUAGUCACUCUUAUCCUUUUGAGCACUUUAACUAAUGUAUUCAUGCUGUGUGGUGUGGACCUCUAUCCCAGUUGUAUGUCGUGGUGCUGGUUUCUUUGUUUUCUUGAAUUUGGUGAUUAUGUAUUUGAACUUUGGGUAAAUAUUUUAGUACCACAUACUACCCGUCUACCCACCCGUCCUCAGGCCUUUUUGCCAACUCUCCAAACUACUUGGACAAGAAGUACAUAUGUCUUUGUUUACAUAGUGGAGACACUGCUACAAGUCCAAUGCCAGGGUCAUCAAGUUGCCAAACUCCAUAUAAAAUUGAAUUUAUACUCGAGUACUACCAGCUGUACCAAAGCCACAGGUUUGUGGGAAAUAAAUUCUUGAGUCUCGACUAGUUACUGAAGUUGCAUCAUAGUAUAAUUGAGUUUUAGUUAUAGUAUCUAAAAGGGGAAUAAUGUUCAGCCUUUAUUUAUAUUUAAAGAAGUGAUAUGCACGUUUGUUCCUUACAAGGGAAGUAAGAAAAUUCAUAGAAGGAAUUUUCAGAAUAUUUUCAGUGGCUUAUUCAGGACUCAGGAUUACACACAAUUUGCAUGGUAACAUUUUUCAGUGUGUUUCUUAUUUUUUAUUUUCUUUUUAUAAUUCAAGUUUUCGAGGUAAAACUAGAUCAUUUAUUUUGCUGACAAUUCAACAGCAGCAGAUUUGAGUUCUUGCUGGAAAAUGCUUUGGAGGCAAAGAAAAACGGUACAGAUUGAGUUAAACUAUGAGCAAAGCCAAACCAAAUUUUUAUGGAAAUUGCCAUCUCUGUUACAUUUGCGCUGCAACUUAACAAACGAUAAACAAAGCUUUCAAUGAUCUUGUUUGUGUGCCUAAUGUCAAAGAUUCCUGCAAUAUUUAAUGGAAAACAAAAAGUAGUACCCUAUUUAGGUUUGAGUAUAAGUAAUGUGCAAAAAAAGGCAAUAAACUUGACAAAUGUCAAAAAAUAUAGAUUGGUGCUGUAGUAGUGGAAUUGAAAAAAUAUAACAUUGUGUAACAUUGACAGCCAAAGUAAUAAAACCUUGAUAUGCAAACGGCUUUCUAUGAUGCAUAGAAAAGUUGUCCUUCUGAACCAUAAUGUAAAGGAAGACUUAAAUGAGGACUCUGAAAAAUGCACUGUAAAAGCAAAAGUACUGGGCUACUUACACAUUACACCUACCUAUACCAAGAAGCUCCUGGUGCACAUGAUUGUGCUGCUGUUAAUGCCAGAGGAGGUUUGGAUCUCAGUCAGCAGAGUGAUGGUGUGAUAACCCACAUUGCUGUAUUAUGGUAUGUGGUCUGCUGAUUGUGGAAUAUGUAGGAGGAAAGAAAUUUCACAAACAGACUUGUUUAUCUGUGGCAUCCCAUUAAAGUACCACACUCAUUCUUUUUCAAAUGUUUGUAAGGGCAGACUGAAUAACUGGAUGGUUGAUUUUAAAUACCUGUGGCAAAACGCCUUACUUCAAAGAUUAAGAUGUGGGGCCCAAUACUUUUGUCCAUAUAUUGUCUGUCAGAUUUCUGUGGUUUGGCAAAAAAAAAAAAAAAAAAAAAAAAUCGCAACAUCUUCAAACUUUUCUGCACUAAAGUGUUUAUUCAGCUUUAUUUGUUUAUCCGUUGAUCAGAUGGUGAGCUUGUAAAACUUAAAGUGAACUUUAACCUAAAGAAAAGUUUAUCAUUUCAUUACGCCGACAAAAGUUCAAGUUUAUGUGUUCUGUGUUUGAAUUGUUUUGCUUUCUCACUUCAAUAACAGCUGUUACAUAAUGUCUAAAGAUCAGAUUUCUUUGUGUGCAUUAACAUUUAAUAGCCACAUUAUUAGAUACAUUUAUGAGAUCCAAUUUGAAUCUAUCACUUUUAUGAAACUGGUCCUUUUUUAGCUUUUCUUAAUGUUGUCAUAAUGCUAAAUCUAGUUUAUGUGUUGUAUAGUUGUUUGGUGGGCUGCAUUACUUUUAAGUAUUCCUAAAAUUUAGACCACAACAUUCACUUAAACAGUAUUGGAUUGCAUUAGACUGUACCUAAUAAUGUGGUAGGUCAGUGUACAAGGGCCUUUUAGUACUGAAUGUACAGGCUGGUUAAAUGGAAAAAGUAUGUUAAUAAAACCUUUUGAAAUACA